AACAUCCUUGAAUUCACUCUAAAAUUCUUUGCUCUUUCUCUCUCACCCCCUGUUUUCUCUCUCUCUCUCUCUCUCACCGGAGCUCUUGAAUGUCCAAGAUUUCCAAAUCUCUGUACCUUGAAGAGAGAGCUAUCAUCUGGGCUCUGAAGAUUGGUUACGCAGAUCAAUUGUAUUCAAGGCUGAAGCUGAAUUGAAUGUAAUAUGUGCCAUUACUGUGGUGCAAAGCUUGCAAAAUCAAGUGACUGCACAGAGCAGGAAAAUGGACAUUCUCCAGACCUAGAUAGUGGGCCUUUAAUCCAGUCCUGCAAGUUGUGCGGUAAGAAGAUCUAUAAAGAAAGUCCAAAUCGAGAAAACUCAAGUUCUUGCGCAAUGCCAUCAAUCAGUGUGACUGCUUCUCAUAAAAGCAUCGAAAGUACCGUAUCAAACUGCAGUGAUAUUUCAGUUGAUGCAAACUUAUGUGAGAGGAGAUACAUAGAGGAUAGCGGCACAGAUAGUAGUCAAGAAGAUUCUAGUUCCUCAUUAAAGGGAAGCAUGGAUGACUCUGUUUCAGCAAUUACUUUAAAUGGUUUUCGCCAAACUGAUGAUAUGGUGAUGCCUGAAACCAAUCAAGUUAGUGAUGUUGAUAGUUUGAAGCCUAGAGAAAAUAUAGAUAUAGAAAGUGCAGAAGUUCAGGCAGGACCGGAUAACAAAGCGGAAAGAUCAAGUUCUUCUGUCGAUGAGUCAUCUGAAAUGUCUUCUUUGAAUGAUGAAAUGGAUGCUGAGUUUUGGCUUCCUCCAGAACCAGAAGACCAAGAGGAUGAUGUGUUGGGAAGUAUAUCAAACUACGAUGAUGAUGACGAUGAAUGUGGUUAUGGUGCAGCCUGGGCUAAACCUAGUUCUUUGAGCAGUCUUGAAGAAGAAGGCAGUGGAAGUCAUAGGUUCAAAGAGGAAAAACUUAAAGCCAUGAAUGACGUUAAGCAUGGGAAAUUUAGGUCUCUUGUUAGUCAACUAGUGAAAUCAGUGGGUGUCUAUUCUUCUGGAAACUAUGGCGAGGAUUGGGUUGAUAUAGUGACUUCUCUAUCAUGGGAGGCUGCUAGUUAUGUGAAGCCGGAUGCACAUGAGGGUAAAGCAAUGGAUCCUGAUGGAUAUGUAAAGAUUAAAUGUAUUGCAACUGGGUCCCGCAGGCAGAGUCAACUGAUAAAGGGGCUAGUCUUCAAAAAGCAUGCUGCUCACAAACACAUGCCAACAAAGUAUAAAAGCCCAAGAUUGCUGCUGAUCCAUGGGGCACUGGAACUUUCUUCUGGUGGUUUGUCAUCAUUUGAAUCAAUGCAGCAGGAGAAGGACAAUUUGAAAACUAUCAUUGAGAUGAUAGACAUGUACCAUCCUAAUGUGAUAUUGGUUGAGAAAUCAGUUUCCCGUGACAUACAAGAGUCUAUUCUAGCAAAAGGUAUUACACUAGUCUUUGAUAUGAAGCUCCACCGCUUGGAGAGAGUUGCUCGUUGCAUUGGUUCACCUAUCUUGGCCUCGGAGGUUGGAAUAGGUCAAAGACUUAGGCAGUGUGACUCCUUUCGUAUUGAAAAGUUUGUAGAAGAAUAUGCUGCUCCUAAGGAAGGUGGAAAAAAACAAAGCAAAACACUAAUGUUCCUUGAGGGCGCUCCUACUCGGCUUGCUUGUACAAUUCUGCUAAUGGGAGCAAACAGCGACGAAUUGAAAAGAAUUAAAUGUGUAGUGCGGUGUGCGGUUGUCAUGGCAUAUCAUCUGAUGCUUGAGACGUCUUUCCUUUUAGAUCAGACUGCAAUGUUCUCAACAAUUUCUCCCAAUGAGGUGGUUGAUCUAGCACUGACUGAUAAAAAGUCAAAAUUGGUAGGGAGUAUUGAGUCAACCGUUUUUGCUGAUAAGCCAUGUGAUGCAGAAGUGAACAAGUCACUUGCACUUGAUUUUGGCUUGUCUGAUCAGUUCCACCAGGACAAGUCACAGAAUCUAAUUUCAUCAUCAGAAGGCAAUUCUUCAUUGUCAUUCGGAGCAUGCAAUCCUGAAACAUUUCCAGGUCUUUCUAUUUCGACAUCCAUCCGAAGAGUUAUGGAUGACAGUUUUCCUCUUUUCUCCAACUCUCCUCAGAACAAGCUGAGUCAGCUUGAUUUCGAUGAAACAAAUCAGGAUGGUCAGGAUGAAAAAUACAAUGUUCAGAUCUCUAGCGUUGAAGAGGAAGCGGAAGAUCUUUAUGAUAAGCCCAAAGCUACACUUGAGGGAGAGAAUUUACUUAAUAAUGAGCAGCCCCAUCUGCUGGAAUCUUCAGAUAUGUGGGAACACUGUGAUGUUACCGGAGACCAAACUCAGAGCAAGAAUGAGAUCAAUUCAGUCUUAGAUUCCGAGAGUAUAUUGGUUCUGAUGUCCAGCCGCAAUGCUUCACUUGGAAGUAUUUGUGAGCAUCGUCAUUUUUCCCAUAUUAAGUUUUACCGGAGUUUUGAUGUUCCCCUUGGCAAGUUUUUGCAGGAUAAUUUGCUCAAUCAGAGACUCCAGUGUAAAGUUUGUGGCGAACCUCCUGAGGCUCACUUCUUCUACUAUGCACAUCACAAUAAACAACUUACAAUCCAAGUUAGGCGUCUUCCUGCAAGAAAAUGCUUGCCAGGGGAAACUGAAGGGAAGCUUUGGAUGUGGAGUCGUUGUGGGCGGUGUAAACUCCAUGAUGGUAGCCCAAAAUCCACAAAAAGGGUACUAAUAUCCACUGCCGCCCGUGGAUUGUCGUUCGGAAAGUUUUUGGAAUUGAGUUUUUCGAAUCACUCUUCAUUCAGUAGUCCAUCCUGCUGUGGUCAUUCUUACCAUAAGGAUUUCCUUUACUUCUUUGGAUUGGGGCCCAUGGUUGCAAUGUUCAGGUACUCUCCAGUUUCGACCUAUUCAGUUUCGCUUCCACCUCAGAUGAUGCAGUUUAACUAUUCAGGCGGUGGAGAGUUUCUUAAGAAAGAUUCUGAGAACGUGUACUUGAAAGGGAUUUCAAUGUUCCUUGAGAUCGAAAAAUGUUUGAUGGAUCUCAAAAAUCGUUAUGUUGGGGUAACCCUGAACAUUCAAGGUUCAAAUAUGGAAUUCUCUGAUAUUGUGGAGAUGUUGAGGCAGGAAAAGUCUCAAUUUGAGGUUGAGGUUGAAAAUGCAACCAAUGGAAAUGAGGAUGGUGCUGUUUGUAAAAUCUUAAGCUUGAAUAAAGCGCGCCUGGAUCUUAUGCUGGAAUCAUGCAUAUGGGAUCGAAGACUACAUGCAUUGCUCUCAUCAGAAUUUAAGGUGAUUGAUACUGAAUUAGUGAAGGAGGAUGGCAUUUCCGGACAACCAUUAUGUGAGGCUGUUACUGCUGUUAAGGAAAUUUCUGGAUCUGAAAUCAAGCAAGAUUUUGAUGAAAGUGAUGAUUGUCCAAUUAAAGAAAUACCUAUUGAUGGACAUGUAGAAGGGUCUACACCAACUGUGGCAGAAAAUGGUGUGGCGCCACAUAUUGGUAGAUUGAAUGAAAAUGGAGCUGGAGCCCAUGAUUUCUUGGUGAAACCUACUUCAGAAGAUCAUUUUGAUUCUGUUGAAGGAAACUCUCAACGGGGAAAUCUUGAUUCAGCUAUGGAAUUGCAGACAGGUCGAAUAAUAUCGAUAUCUUCAGACAUUGAAGGGGUUGGUUCUAAUUCAAACAAUUCGACAUUUAAGCAUCAGCUUUCUAUGCUCUCUAACCUGGAAAAUGAAAAAGGCUGGGUCUGGGCACCCUUUACAGACAUCCGACGUGAAUACAUUGAAGAUCUCCAGAGAGGUUACUUACCAAAAUUUGAAUCUUGUAGUAGCUAUGCUGCAGAGUCUAUGGCUCAAAAAUUGAUUUCUGACGAGGGGUCUAGACUGCACAUUCCUCUUGGCAUGGACGACUAUAUUGUAUCUGACUAUGAAGAUGAAUUCUCAAGCAUAAUAGCCUGUGCUUUGACCCUGUUAAAGGAUGAAGCAGUAUCGACGGAUGAUCUAGCAGUGGAUGCUCAGAGGGAUACAAAAUCCAUUGAAGGUUCUCAGAGCCUACCACGAAUAUUUUCUUUGACAGCUCCUAAUUGGUCCUCCUUUGGAUCUUUCGAUUCGGAUAGCAUGCAUUCACCUUCUGCAUCCAUGGACGAUCUACAUUCUUCAAGUUUUGAUGGUUUAAAUUUGUUAGAAUCAUUGGUCUCCUAUGGUGCUAACCAUCCAGAAGUCUCUAUGGGUUUGGGGAAAUAUCCAGGGAAGCGCAAGUACUCUGUUGUAUGUGUAUACGCAAGCCAGUUCCGUCAGUUGCGGGAUCGAUGUUGUCCUUCAGAAGUUAAUUAUAUUGCUUCCCUAAGCCGCUGUAGGAAUUGGGAUGCCAAAGGUGGAAAGAGUAAAUCUUUCUUUGCAAAAACUCUAGAUGAUAGGUUCAUCAUAAAGGAAAUCAAGAGGACAGAGUUUGAAUCGUUCAUGAAGUUCGCCCCAAACUACUUCGACUACAUGACUGAGUGCUAUGAGAAAGGAAACCAAACAUGUCUUGCUAAGAUUCUCGGCAUCUACCAGGUUGUCAUGAGAGCAACAAAGUACGGGAAGGAAACUAGGCACGAUCUCCUAGUGAUGGAGAAUCUUUCAUUUGGUCGACAGAUUUCUAAACAGUAUGAUCUCAAGGGGGCGUUGCAUGCUCGAUUAACUGCUGGCAAUGGUGCUGAAGACGUUCUUUUGGAUCAAAAUUUUGUGAAUGAUAUGAAUAUAUCGCCUCUGUAUGUCAGCAGGAAAUCAAAGCGGAAUCUGCAGCGGGCUGUAUAUAAUGAUACUAAUUUCCUCAAUUCGAUCAACGUGAUGGACUACUCUCUUCUGGUAGGAGUGGAUACACAGCGUCACGAAUUGGUAUGUGGUAUCAUAGACUAUCUCAGGCAGUAUACUUGGGAUAAGCAGCUUGAGAACUGGGUCAAGUCUUCACUUGUUGUUCCCAAAAACCAGCUGCCAACUAUUGUCUCGCCAAGAGAAUAUAAGAAGAGAUUUAGGAAGUUCAUAGAUACACACUUUUUGAGUGUUCCAGAUCAUUGGUGUUCGCGGAGAUCUUCCAACCCUUGCCAACUCUGCGGCCCUGCUGCGGGAACCGGUUCGUUUAAUGCAAGAUCCUUGAAGCGAGGCAGUGAAGACGAAGAUUCUUCCCAUGGAGCAUCUCGAGAACAAGGGAUACAUGGAGCUGGUUCUUUCAAAUCCCCACACCAUGAUGAACAAGACGGCCCUUUUUCCUGAGGUCUGUCAGCUCCGUCUUAUGAAGCCCUUUUCUAGUACUAAUUUUUGGUUUCGUAUAUUGUUGUAUAGCUGAUUGUCGGUGUACAUCCCCCUCUUACCCUGCUAUUAUUUUUUCCAGCAAAGUUCUGAGGGUAUUUUGGCAUAUAUAGGUCAGGAAAUUUUAGGUUGCACAUAUUCGAUAUACAUAUAUCUUGAGCAAAUGUGAAAAAUGGCAUUGUGCAGUUCAUAUGACCUCUAUUGAUAUUUUCAAUGAUAGAAAUAUAUUGCAAUUAA